UAAAAAUCCAGUGAAAAUGGGCAAACCGAAAAAAUGGCCGGCGAUCAACUACAGGUACGUCCCUACCAUAAAAAAGGCGAAGAAGAAACUGGGACCGUUCUGGUUCCUGCUGUACGACACCUGCGUCUGCGAGCCGUGCGAAUGCAUGGAGAAAAUCGAGCGGGCGAUAAAAGGCGACACCUGGGAAUCCCCCAGCGACACGCUGCAGGGCAAAGUGAUCAUGCAUCCGCCUUACACCAGGAAGUACAUACAAGCCAGCGUGCACCGGAAAAUCCUGGAAAUCGGAAGUGAAGUCGAGCAGAAGCUUCGGCAGGAGUACGAGGUCGACAAGCAGCUGGCGCUGGAGCAGCAGGAGAAAGGACUGUCGAAGGAGUUCCACGAGAGCAUCUUGGAACGGUUGAAAGACGCCGAAGCCGUGGAGAAAACGGCUUGUUUCAGGGAACUCCAAGCGCAAGCUGAAGAAUUCGAGAACACCCUUGUAUGUGAUAACCGAUCAAUUUAUCUAUUAUACGUACUAAGUAAUCAACAGGUUGAUCAAAUUGACGAAUUGGAGGGGAAAAUGAAGGUGGCGUUCGAUGAAUUCAGCAGCGCGCACCAGAAGGAACUCGACGAAAAAUUGCAAGAGAAACUCAGCUUAGCCGCCGAAAGCACCGCUAAAACUCUAACGAAGCGACUCCUCAGCGAGCUGGUUAUCCAAAAAUCGAUAUACCAAAAAUACUUCGACACCAAAAUAAAGAAAAAAGAACUGGAAAUCGACUACAACAAAUCGAAACACAUCAACCAGCUGGCGCAGCACCUGAAGAUCGAGAAGCAGCGCAUCGAGUGCACCAACAUCGCCAACAUGAUAUACGUGCUGGUGAUGGAGAGGCGAAAGUGCGCCAACGAGCUGGAGACCAUCAAAGAACGUUUCGCCUCGCUGAAGACCCAACUCAACCGCAAGGUCGCCAUUCAAAUGGAGACUAUCAAGCGGCUGGAGAAAGAUCUGCAGAACAACAUGAAGCAGGUGUUCGUGCGCGAACGGUGCUACAAGGAGAUCCUCAAGCAGUACCAGAAGUUCAUCAACUACGCCCUGAAGGCGUGUCCCACGCAGGCCCAGUUCCUGCUCAGCCUCGAGAGGCUGAUGUCCUUCGAGCUGGCCGAGAUCCUGCCGCAGGAGAAGAACCCCAACUACCACGGCAUGCCGCGCCUCUGCGACACGAUAUUGCCCUGGGUGCACGCCGGGCAGGAGGGCAAGCGCAGGAGAAACGUCGCCGGUUUGGAGCUCGACGACCAUCACGAUUGCUUCAACGAACUGGCCAUACCCAAAGUACCGGGAGAGACCGAGUUCCCUUCGUUCUAUUACAAAAACAAAUUGUACGUCAGAGAGGAUUUCAGGAAUCUGAUAUCCCAAGGCAUCGUAUUGACGCCUAGUCAUGAUAUGUGGAGCGAAGACCUCGAAAUACUGAUGGGUAUUCUGAAAGACUUCUCCAGCGAGAAAACCAUUUACGAUAAACUAGAAGAAGCCGAUCUUACAGAAAAAUCGGCCGAUACUCACGCGGAUCUCGUCCAAACGAAACCCAUUCUAGCUCCGUUAACACCGAAGGACAAGCAGAUGAUAUCGGAGUACGUGCAGGCGGGCCCGCUGGUCGAGAAUCCCCCCUACAUGAUAGCCGUGCGCAAUUCGCUGGAGUUCCUGCAGAAGCGGCGCGGCGCCCGGGAGGCCGCCGCGCUGCCGGACAUCGCCGAAGCCGCCAAGGAGGAGGACGAGGAAAAAGAGGAGUCGGGCGAGGACGAUAAGCCGCGCAAGGAGCCGAGCCUCGAAGAGAAGAUCGAGAAGGAGCUGAAGGUCGACGUGCCCUCCGACACGGGCACCGACAUGAAGAAGCUCAAGCAGUCCGAAAUCGAGUUCAGGACCUCGUUGUCGUUGGAAUCGGUGGUGGUGGAGGACCAGCGACAGAGCGUCGCGUCGGCGAAGCCGCCGGAGCCGCCGAAGAAAUCGGAGGAGCAGAGGAAGCGCCUCGAAGUGAGGACCGAUCCCAACUUGCCCGCCAUGCCGCCGAGAACGUGCAAAUUGGCCACUUCCAGAGACUCGGUGGCUUACCUGAGAGAAUCGAGACAAGCGCUGUUGAAGCCGGCGCCCAUCAACGUGGGCGCGAAGCGCGAGGAGAGGCGGUUCCCGUCGCUGACGCCGGCCACCGAGUACUGCUGCGAGAAGUGCUUGAAGAAGCGAGGCCUGGUGCUGAGGCCGCUCGACGUGAAGGUGGUGAAGGGCGAGCGCGAGAAGGCGAAGGCGGGCGCCGAGCCGGCGGCGAAGGCGUCCAUCGUGUUGGAGACGGCCGACGAGAAGCUCGCCGCCGAGUUCUACCCGAACAAGCUGAUCGAUUUGUACAAGGAGCAGAAUUUGAGGACUAAAAGUAGGAAGUCGGAGGUGAAGAAGAAAGCGAAGACGUCGAAGUUGGUGGUAGACGACAGCAAGGGCGAGGAUGUUGUGGUGUUCGAUAAUGAUUAUACGAUAAAGCGUAUGAGGUCGUUCAUUUCCUCCAUCAGCGAGAAGCCUCAGCUCAUCAAAUUGUUCACGGCUUGUCAGAGAUGAUUUUUGUGCAAUUAAAAACGAUGUCGGAUUGUUGACAAUUUAUUUUUCUAAUGAAUUAACGGAUUUAUCAGCGCCGCUGGGCUUGCAUCUCCGAUCUAGCUAACAG